AUGAUGCAGUGGUCAAAGCGCCGACAAAGUUCCUGGAUACAGAUUGCGGGUCAUCAAGGUAACCUGCUGCUCAGUGAGGGGGGUGAGGUGCUGAAGAGGUUCAGUGAGGUUGAAAACUCCUGUCUACAGGCCCUUAUGUCUGACUCUCUUCGAGACUUUGUGCCCCAGUACUACGGGCACACCUGCAGGGAUGGAGAGAAUUACAUCCGCCUAGAGGACCUGCUCAGUGGGCUGAGACGUCCUGUAAUUAUGGACUGCAAAAUGGGUAUCCGGACAUACCAGGAGGAGGAGAUCAAUAAAGCUCGGAUCAAACCAAGCCUGCGGACUGAUAUGUAUCAGAAAAUGGUCAAAGUAGAUCCAUCUGCGCCGUCUGUAGAGGAGCAUUCUCAGAGAGGGGUGACAAAACUCCGUUACAUGCAGUGGAGGGACAGCAUGAGCUCUUCCUCCACGCUGGGCUUCCGGAUAGAGGGUAUCAUGAUGGAAAAUGGAAAUGUAUUAAAAGGUUUUAACAAGACUCGGACGACGAAUCAGGUGAUCGAUGCCCUACUUUGCUUCACGAAGAGGCAGCCGCACAUCUUGGAGGUGUACCAUUCCAGGUUGCUGGCUCUACGAGAAGCCCUGAUGGAGUCUGAGUUCUUCAGAACUCACGAGGUUAUAGGGAGUUCGCUCCUUUUUGUCCAUGACAGUGCCAACAAAGCUAACCUAUGGAUGAUUGAUUUUGGGAAGACCACUCUGACUCCAGAGAAUGUGCAUCUAAAGCAUGAUGUUCCCUGGGUGGAAGGGAGCUGGGAGGAUGGGUACCUUAUUGGGCUGGAGUCACUUACUUCCCUCAUAAAUGAAGCCAUAAAGCAGGCCAGACAAGACCCAAACAGCAGCAACACAAACACUGAUCCUAAGGACUCAGACAAGGAGAAUGGAGCCACACAAACCCAAUCAGAGACUCAUGAAUUAACACUCUGA